AUGGGUGGCAAUAAUGUCAAAGAUCUCGACACGACUGCGAUUUGCUAUGACGCAUCAGAAUCAGAAGCAAAUGACUUGUGCGGUUUGAACGCCACAGAAUCUUUUGUAGAGCAGAAAGAAAUUACCAAAAUUAACGUCCAAACGCCGCAAUCUUUCUACUCCCAAUCAAUGUGUAAUAAAAUUUCAGACCUGACAGAAGAAUCUGAGAUACAUGUCAAAAAAAAUAUUCAUAGUUCCGCUUUGGCCAAAAAUUCUUCUCAAUCCAUUACGGAGAAAAUAGGAAAUUCAAAAAGCUGCUGUUUUUGCAAGGGUGACCACAAAAGUCCUUUUUGCACUGCAUAUCCUACGAUUAAAGCAAAAAUGGAUCGUGCCAAACAGCUAAAAUUAUGUCUUAAAUGUCUCCAAGAAGGACACCAAACUACUCAGUGCAGAACAAGGCUAAAUCCAUGUUACUUCUGUGGCGAUAUACACAAUUUAGCCUUCCAUGACCUUUGUGGGUACAAAGCUGCAAGUAGGAGUGAUAACGUUGAAAUUUCUCCUCUGGAGCAAGCAAAGAAGAUUGAAAGCAACUUCCAAACAAUUCGACUGUCCACACCUCAACCAAUAGACGGCCGAGCUGCAAGCAAUAGAUCUAAGAAACAGCUUGAAGAAAGUGGUUAUUGCGCAAAACCCAUUGGAGGCUAUUCUCACUCUUUUAUAAUAAAAACAGAAAAACCAAAAAGCUGCAGUUUCUGUCAGGGUGACCACAAAAGUAUUUUUUGCACUAAAUAUUAUACGGCUCAAGCAAGGAUGGAUCGUGCCGAGCAGCUAAAAUUAUGUCUUGGAUGUCUCCAAAUGGGACAUCAAAAAACUCAGUGCGGAUUAGAGCUAAAACCAUGUUACUACUGUGGCAUUAAACAUAAUUCAGCCUAUUAUGACUUUCUUGUGUACAAAGCCGAAAACGAAAUUGAUAACAUUGAAAUUUAUCCUCUUAAAGAAAUGAAGGAGAUUGAAAGCAACUUUCAGACAAUUCGACCGUCUGCACCUCGACGAUUAAACGGCAGAGCUGCACGCAACAAAGCUAAGACACAGUUUGAAGAAAAUGCUUAUUGCUCCAAGCCUACUAAAGACUGUUCUCACCCGUUCUGUGAUGGUGACCAUGAAAGCGAUCUUCUCUCUAUUUAUACCACAGCUCUGACCAGGAAUCAUCAGGCGCAAAGGCUGGAGUUAUGCAAGAAUUGCCUUCAGGGAAAUCAACACAGACAGUGUGUAAAAAAACAAUUCCAUCCAGUCCUUUAUGACGAAGGCUCAGAAACCCUGCAGUUUCUAUGA